AUGAGAGAUGGUGCAAGUGCAGAGACGAAAAGAUCAGCGCACCCAUGUCCUAUUUGUGCUAAGAGGAAGGUAAAAUGCGAUCGUUUGAUACCUUGCACUAACUGCGUAAAACGAGGACAAGAAAAAGAAUGCAUUGAAGCGAAUAGAAAGUCGGAGCUAGAGACCAAUUCCUACCUAUCCUUCACUAAGAUUUUGCAACUUUGGCAAAAGUAUGAGUAUUGGAUUAUGGAUAUUGGAUUAUUAAAGACUGAUAAUACUAAGGUAGCAGACAACUUCGUGGAUGUCUCAGAUGAUUUGCAGGAGUGCAAAUAUUGGAUGACUUUUCUAAAGCGCGAUCAGUCAUUUAAACUACUGGAUUACUCGAUGGAAAGAUUGGGGGCACUAUACUUUGGAUGUUUUAGCGACAUAGGUGAGCUCUAUUUACUGCUGGAAGAGUACUGGCAAAGGAGAGAUAUGGAAAGUGGAAACACUGAAGAUCCCCCGCUCUUUUCAUCUGAUGAUUACUAUUCUGACACACUUCUUUGGUCAUUAUUUACACUGACUGUAUACUACAUGCCGUUGAAAGAGUUGCGAAAAGUGAUUCCUCUACCUCUCAAUCACCAGCCAUUAUCCAAGAGUAUUAGAGAGGAAAAUGACGAACAGAAAUGGACGGAGGACGUAAAAAUCGACAUUAUUGGAGCAUUCACUGAAUGCACAGUAUCACAGCUUUAUUGUGCCAAAUUUUUGUCGACGGCAGAUGUCAGGUUAGUCCAAAUUUAUCUUAUCCUAGCAAACACGUCAUUUCCUUGGACAAACAUUUGUUUGGCGAAUAGUAUGCGCAUAAUAUGUUUCCAAAUUUCCAAAGCUUUCCAUUUAAAUGAUUUCAAGCUCUCUAUGAGCGAUUCUACUCUUUUGAGGCUAACAAAAUUGAAUUGCGAGAAAUUAUGGUAUCGUCUAUGCAUAUGUGACUAUCUUCAUUCUAAUCCAAACUCGAACAUUUGCUUUCACACUGAAUUAUCCUCACUUUUACAGCACGCUGCUUAUUUGGAGGAUCUGCCAAACGUUGACGUUUAUCAAAGUGAGCAAAAUUUCGAGGUCUUUUUUUGGAAGAUUGUAUCGUUGGACAGAGAUUUAGAUCAGUAUUUGACCAAAGACAUCAAGCCACCCCUCAAAACUCUUGACGCUAUCCAAAGACAAAUAGAGAUAUUCAAUGAAAAGCACUCUAUGGAGCAGGAAAGUAACAUUUUGAAAUCAGAUUUCGAGAAAUUUCUCAUUACAUAUCUUUUAAGGAUGAUAUCGUGGAAACUCUAUAAGAUUUAUUUUAUUUAUCAUGACGCCGCGAACUCUUUUGAUAAAUCAAUUCACUACGCUAAAAGUUUAAUAUCUUUGAUCGUCAGAAAUAUAAGACAGUCCAAAAAGAUUAUUUUCAAUUCGCAUUAUAUGGUACUUCAGUCAGUGGUCAGAAUAAGCUCCUUUUACGCAUUCUAUAGUUUAUUCAAACAGUCGGAUGCAGUAGAGGAAUUGAAUCUUGACAUCUCUGAGCUUAUUUCAAACCUCCCGUCGGUAUUCAAGUCAAAACUUGUGAAUUUGCAGUAUUUGCUGAGCCGAUUUAGUUAUUUACGGACUAUCUGGACUACAGUGCAAUUGAAGGAUACUUCUGAUUAUCUGAAGCAUCCAGUUAUUGAAAUUUUGCAGAAUGAUGUGGACAGUGUAUCUCAAAGGUUCCAACAAUUUCCAUCGCUUAUCAGGAAUGUCAAUUCAAUCAGUCGAAAGCGAAGCUUUGACGAUCAUCAAUCUAACGUAAUUGAGCACAAUAGCUUGAGACAGAUUAUCUCAAGAUUUGAAUCACAGCAUCCCAUUGAAAGUGCCAUAGCAUGA